AUGGGAGUUAGCAAGACCACAGUUGGUAGAUGGGCAAAGAGUCACCUGAUAAGGCCACAUACAAAUGCCAUAAAACCAACACUUACUGAAGCAAACAAGAUCAGUAGAAUGAGAUGGUGUCUUACUCAUAUUCAGCCAGCUUUGUAUGAAGGAAAGCUUCUUCAUCAUGCUAUGCACAACACAAUUCAUAUUGAUGAGAAAUGGUUUUACAUGACAAAAACUUCAGACAGAUACUACCUGUUGCCGGAUGAGGAUGAGCCUUACAGGGCUUGCAAGCCACAGUUUGGCACAUAUGGUCAGACCAUCUUUGAUGGUAAAAUAGGAAUAUUCUCAUUCACAGAACAAGUUCCAGCCAAAAGGAAGUCCAAGAAUAGGCCAAGAGGGACAUUAGAGACUAAACCUAUACCAUCAGUUAACAAGGAAGCAAUGAGAGAAUGUCUCUUGAAUCAGAUUAUUCCAGCAAUCAAGGCAAAGUGGCCAGCCAAUGCAAGCAAGGAUAUAUAUAUCCAACAAGAUAAUGCCAAACCUCACCUAAGAUCUUUUGACUCACAAUUUGAUGAGCUUGCAAGUUCAGAUGGAUUUAAGUUCCAUCUAAUUAGCCAACCAGCCAACUCCCCAGACACCAAUGUAUUGGACCUUGGCUUUUUUAGGGCCAUUCAAUCACUGCAAGAUGAUAAAGUAGCAACCAACAUAGAUGAAUUACUGGGUAAUGUCUGGAGUUCUUUUGAGGAACUCACACCACAAACUCUGAACAAUGUUUUUUUAACAUUGCAAAGCUGCCUCAGCAAGAUCCUAGAAGUGCAUGGGGGCAACAACUGCAAAAUACCCCACUUGAACAAGGAAAGGCUGAGAAGGACAGUGGGGCUUCCUACAUCCCUAGAAGUUGGGGAGAAUCUGGUCAAAGAGAGCUUGGAGUAUCUACUACUACCUCAGAAUGAUGUGAGUGCCUCAUAUGACAUAGGGCAUCUAAUGAAUGUUUUACAGCUCUAA